UUUGAUUAGCCGCCUCGCGCCACUCGGUGCGCUCAGUGGUUUACGGAGACCGAUUUGAAGGGUUGACAAGGAGAAUCGCUUCCCCGGUAUCCUGUCCCUCUUCACCGGGUAGCCUAGAAGCAUAGUAUGCUAUCCCUGUCCCUCCGCUCGUUCCACGUUGAACAGAAUAGCCAGAGACGCAUAGAGAACUGUCUGGAUUUUGAAGGUGAAGGACUUUGUGUUGUGUAUUUACAUAAAGUUCUGUAGGCUAUAAAUACUGCGUAUUUGAUCGCGAGGAUGGCUGCGAAGAUGGAAUUAAUCGAAAGGACAGUAAGGUCCGAUAUCAGAGUGAAAGUUUGCACAGCACUCCCUCUGAGAUGGAGACGCGAAUGACAUAAUAAUUUAUCCACUUUUUCUCAUAACGGAGCGGCCUUUGGAUUUAUUGUCUGCAGCUAUUACGCGGCGCCGGACACCUGCACCCGACUUGGCCGAGACGGCUUCUACGCGGCUCUCCGCUCAAUAACAAAUUGCUCAGAAGCGCUUCUUGAACUGAAUCGAUCAUUUCUACUCUUAUCUGAACUGUUGUCAAUGGUAGGCUACUUCCACACAGGCAGUUCAUUUGUUGCGCGUUGUUGUGCAGUUCUGUAAAUCACUGAAUGCGACGGAUAGGCGACAGUGGACAUCCGAUAAUAAAUGUGUGAGCACCGCUAUUCUCUUCAUAUUGAUUAUUAUACAACCUCUUUGGAGUUACAUGCAGAUACUGGAUGUGUCUUCAUGGGCAUUUGAAUAGUGUCAGCAUCAACUGAAAAGUCACAAAGCUCAACUAAGCUUUAUAAAUGUAUUCCUCAGUCAUCUCUUCAUAUCGCUUCUCCGUCCAGUAUUCACUGCCUGGAUUGUAAUAGCUAAAACAGGAGAGAACUGUGCCUCCACCUCGCCCCUGUCCAAAUCCAAAGCCAGUAUAAUAUUCUUUACAGCACUGACUCACAAUGGGCACAGUACUAUCCCUUUCCCCUGCAUUCAGGAAGAACAGCUACUAUGACACGCGGCCUGGCUCACUCAACCACUACCCGAGCCUGAGCAGCCGUUCGCUCAACACUCAGAAAGACCGCGCAGGUGGCCUGAAACGGGGACAGUCAAUCUUUCUCCCAGCCCUCACCUGGAAACGCCUGGUCGCCUCCACCAAGAAACGAGGGGGCUCUAAGAAAUGUCCUGGGGGUCCGGGGUCACUUGGAGACCCCCUCAACAACAACAACAUCUACCAGAAGGAUCCAGUGUUGCACCUCAACCGCGAGAAUGUCAAGAAGUCUCUGUCGUGUGCCAACCUCACAAGCUACGACGGGCCAACGGGACUGGGUCUGGGGAUAGGCUUCGGCCAGGGGCACUACAGCUAUGGCAUGGGCAUAAAGCCCCAGCAGCUGUCCUCUGUCAAGAAGGUGCCCCACCAAGGAACGGCCGUCUCAUCUCCCAAGCGCAUCAUCGUCCAGGCGUCCACCAGUGAACUUCUCCGGUGCCUGGGUGAGUUCCUGUGUGGCCGCUGCUACCGGCUGAAGCACCUCUCCCCUGCGGACCCAGUGCUGUGGCUGCGGGCGGUGGACCGCUCUCUGCUCCUCCAGGGCUGGCAGGAUCAGGCCUUCGUGACUCCGGCCAACGUGGUGUUUGUCUACAUGCUGUGUCGUGAUGUGGUGGAUGGAGACCUGGUGGCGUCGGAGCACGAACUUCAGGCCACACUACUCACCUGUCUCUACCUGUCCUAUUCCUACAUGGGCAAUGAGAUAUCCUACCCACUGAAACCUUUCCUGGUGGAGGCUGGCAAGGACGCCUUCUGGGACCGCUGCCUGGCCAUCAUCGAUGCCACCAGCGCCAAGAUGCUGCGCAUCAACGCUGACCCGCACUUCUUCACCCAGGUGUUCGCUGAGCUGAAGAGUGAAGGGGGCAGCAGCCCACAGGACUACAGCCGCGUGCUGGACCGGUGAGAGGAGGGGUAGUGGGGUACAACCCCCCCAAUCCCCAUCCGCCUGUCCUUUCCCCCCAUCUCUCUGCCAAACAUUUCCCACCCGCUCCAGCCACCUACCUCCAAGAAUGUAACACAGGGAUAAUGGAUAAGGGAUAAGGGACUGCCCCCC